AGGAGCCACCGCUUUUGGCUUGCCUUGCUGACCCUGUUGCUGCGGCGAGUUGUCCCCGCGGGACCAUGGCAGUGUCCAAACGGUCCACGCGGUCCCUACGUGGCUCAGAUAAAGUACAGAAAGACAAGGCUGGACAAACCUCAGAGCCUAGGCAGGGCAGCCGAAUGGGAAAACUCUUAGGUUUUGAGUGGACAGAUUUGUCCAGCUGGCGGAGGCUGGUGACCCUGUUGAAUCGACCAACGGAUCCUGCAAACCUGGCCGUCUUCCGUUUUCUCUUUGGGCUGUUGAUGGUGCUGGACAUUCCCCAGGAGCGAGGGCUCAGCUCCCUGGACCGCAGAUACCUAGACGGGCUGGAUGUGUGCCGCUUCCCCUUACUGGAUGCCCUGCGCCCGCUGCCACUUGACUGGAUGUAUCUGGUCUACACCAUCAUGUUUCUGGGGGCACUGGGCAUGAUGCUGGGCCUGUGCUACCGGAUAAGCUGUGUGUUGUUCCUGCUGCCAUACUGGUAUGUGUUUCUCCUGGACAAGACGUCGUGGAACAACCACUCCUAUCUGUAUGGUUUGUUGGCUUUUCAGCUGACGUUCAUGGAUGCAAAUCGCUACUGGUCUGUGGAUGGUCUGCUGAGCGCCCGGAAGAGGAAUGCCCAGGUGCCCCUUUGGAACUACACAGUGCUGCGUGGCCAGAUCUUCAUUGUGUACUUCAUUGCGGGUGUGAAAAAGCUGGAUGCAGACUGGGUUGAAGGUUAUUCCAUGGACUCCCUGUCCCGGCACUGGCUCUUCAGUCCCUUCAAGCUAGUGUUGUCUGAGGAGAUGACCAGCCUGCUGGUGGUGCACUGGUGUGGACUGCUGCUCGACCUCUCAGCUGGCUUCCUGCUCUUCUUUGAUGCCUCAAGACCUGCUGGCCUUUUCUUCGUGUCCUACUUCCACUGCAUGAAUUCCCAGCUUUUCAGCAUUGGUAUGUUCUCCUAUGUCAUGCUGGCCAGCAGCCCUCUCUUCUGCUCCCCUGAGUGGCCGCGGAAGCUGGUAUCCCACUGUCCCAAAAGGCUGCAAGAACUACUGCCCCUCAAGGCUUCCCCUCAGCCCAGUGCUUCCUGUGUGUAUAAGAGGAGCCGGGCCAAGGGUGGCCAGAAGCCAGGGCUGCGCCAUCAGCUAGGAGCUGCCUUCACCCUGCUUUACCUCCUGGAGCAGCUCUUCCUGCCCUAUUCCCAUUUCCUCACCCAGGGCUAUAACAACUGGACAAACGGGCUUUAUGGCUAUUCCUGGGACAUGAUGGUGCACUCCCGCAACCACCAGCAUGUGAAGAUCACCUACCGCGAUGGCCGCACCGGCGAGCUGGGCUACCUUAACCCUGGGGUGUUCACACAGAGCCGGCGCUGGAAGGAUCACGCAGACAUGCUGAAGCAAUAUGCCACUUGCCUGAGCCGCCUGCUUCCCAAGUACAAUGUCACUGAGCCCCAAAUCUACUUUGAUAUUUGGGUCUCCAUCAAUGACCGCUUCCAUCAGAGGAUCUUUGACCCUCGUGUGGACAUCGUGCAGGCUGCCUGGUCCCCCUUUCAGCGCACACCCUGGCUGCAGCCACUCUUGAUGGACCUGUCUCCCUGGAGGGCCAAGUUUCAGGAGAUCAAGAGCAGCCUGGACAACCACACUGAGGUGGUCUUCAUUGCAGACUUCCCUGGGCUGCACCUGGAGAAUUUUGUGAGUGAAGACCUGGGCAACACUAGCAUCCAGCUGCUGCAGGGGGAGGUGACUGUGGAGCUGGUGUCAGAGCAGAAGAACCAGACUCUUCGAGAGGGAGAAAAAAUGCAGUUGCCUGCUGGUGCAUACCACAAGGUGUAUACAACGUCACCCAGUCCUUCCUGCUAUAUGUACAUCUAUGUCAACACUACGGAGCUCACAUUGGAGCAAGACCUGGCAUAUCUGCAAGAACUGAAGGAGAAGGUGGAGAAUGGAAGUGAAACGGGGCCUCUACCUCCAGAACUGCAGCCUCUGCUGGAUGGGGAAGUAAAAGGGGGCCCAGAGCCAACACCUCUGGUUCAGACCUUUCUUAGACGCCAGCAAAGGCUCCAGGAGAUCGAGCGCCGGCGAAAUACCCCUACCCACGAGCGAUUCUUCCGCUUCUUGCUGCGAAAGCUCUACGUCUUUCGCCGUAGCUUCUUGAUGACCUGUAUCUCACUUCGAAAUCUGGCCCUAGGCCGCCCUUCCCUGGAGCAGCUGGCCGAAGAGGUGACUUAUGCAAACUUGCGGCCCUUUGAGCCAGCUGGAGAGUUGAGUCAUUCGGACAUGGAUUCUUCAAAUCCUAAUCUUCCUGAGUCAAACUCUGACCCUGUUCAUUCAGAGUUCUGAGUAGAGUCAGUUCUUGGGUUGUAGGUAUAGGAACAGCCAAUCAAAGGACCAUUACUUACACAGUGGACAUUUAUAUGGAAAAAUUAUCUCAAUAUUUUUUACAUUAUUUUUUUCUUGUCCAUAGCUCUGUUUAAUUCAGAGAUGAUAGCUUAGAGGAGCCAAGGAGAUAAAGCAAGGAUGGGAUUUAUCAAUCCAAGGUUGAGGGGCCAAGAGGAGGUUAGAAACAAUGUGAAAAUGUCCUUAUAGGAUAGAGAGGUGUAAGAGGUUUAAGGCAUCUAGCCCAUGGUGGAAGGAUUUUGAUGUACCCUGACAAUAAUAGCUAACCACUCUACAGUGCUCACUAGGUGCCUGGCACUGUGUGAAGCACUGCGCCAACACUGCCACAUUUCAUCCUUAAGAGCCAGCAGCCCCACCUUACAGUUGGAGAACUGAGGUUUCGAGGUGAUAGUUUGCCCAAAGGCAUUCAGCUAGUAAGGGAUGGAUUGAUAGUUUGAACUCAAGUCUUUUUGACUUAAGUUCCUGUGCCUUGUCUAAUUUUCAGAAUCGCUGAUAAGUUCUGAAAUAAUGCAGUUAAAAACUUGUCUUCUCAGUUACAAGUAUGAUUAGAAUGGUAAUCAGGUUCUAAAUGUACAGAGUAAUUUUAUCUUUACUACAAUCUUGUUCCUUCUUUGUUUCUGUUAUCUGUACAGCCAGUAAGUUUUUCACUACCAAUUGUGAGAAUACAGGUAUGCGUCGUUUAACACCCACUGCACAUUCUGUGAUCUGAAUAUUGUGCGAACACCAUGUUAUAUACGGGGGAGAGGCUUGCAGGACAGUCACCGGUUGGGCCUGGGACCUGUGUUGCCACCAUGCUGAAGGACUUUGCAAAAACUUUGGCUCAACCACUGCAGAUCUCUGAGACCCAUGCCUGGGACCUGCCCAAGCACUGGGGUGGGUGCAUGUGCACUCCGUCCUGCUGCUGGUUUCCUUCCCUUCCUUCUCCUUCUCCCCUAAUAGGCUCUAAACUUUUCCAGGCCCGCCCACCCCAAUUGGAGCGGGGAUAGCUGCCACAAGGGCAUCCCCCUAGGGGGCUGCAAGGGCGUCCUUGAAGUCCCUGCGAGCACGGUGGGAUAGGCAGCUGCGGAUGGGCUCCGGGACCCCUGCUGCCCAGGGGUGGGGCUGAUUAGGGACCAGAGAGCUAGUGAGAAACAGAUCGGAUCUCCCUACUUAGCAAAGUAUGUCUACCACAUCCUGUUCUCUGGAUCUGGAUAACCUGGCAGGACCAGGAUGUCUACGGGUCAGAUGUUGCCCCACUAGUCAUUAAAUGACACAUACCUGUAGUCAGAAAAGCAUCACCAAAGUUAAAUAAGGAAAAUUAGAUGAUUGGUAAUAUUUCUCAAAAAGUAAAUUCAGUAUUAGGCAUUAUUCUAGCCUUUAGUGGGCAGUUAGUGGAAAACAAACUUGGUGAGGGAUUAGGGGGUGUUUGCAGUCACUGUAGGUCUGGAUGUGCAAGGGUGAUGCAGGAAGCUUCUCAGUCAGUAAAAAUUUACCAAAGGUGUGGAACUGGGCUGGGAAGCAGGAAUGCAUAAUAGCAAAAAAAGGGUCCCUGCUGGAUGUGACAGAAACCCUGGUGGUGUAGUGGUUAAGUGCUAUAGCUGCUAACCGAAAUGUCGGCAGUCUGCAUCCACCAGGCACUCUUGGAAACUCUAUGGAGUUCUACUCUCUCCUAUAGGGACCAUGAGUUGGAAUUGACUCAGUGGCAACAUUUUUUGCUGGAUGUGGCCGUCAGCUCCCAUUAAGAUAACAGCCUUGAUAACGCUAUGGAGCAGUUCUAGUCUGUCCUUUAGGGUUGCUAUGAGUUGGAAGUGACUCAUCAGCAGUGGGCUUAAUUUUGGCUCCAGGAGCUUAUGGUUGGUCUCAUGGCAGAGGCUGGCAGUAACAUGAGGACAGUGCUUUGGUAAAUUGACAGAAUUUGAAAAAAUUUAAGGUUCUCUUCCCAUGCCUACAUUCCUCCCCACUCCCAUACCCCUUAGACAGUGGUCCCAGGGUUCUUCUUGGGCAGCUGCCUUUUCACAGUAAAGUGAUUAUGUCCACUCCAUGGUUUCCAGUAAUAGAUUUCUGUUGAGCCCUAGACUUACCUAUAGCUCUACCUGGAUAUCCUACAGGACUGUCUAUCCUUACACUUAUUCAUCUCUAAGUCAGACCUGCUUCUCCUAGGGCAGGCCCACCAUGUAGGUUGUGCAGGCUGGGCCUGCAAAUAAAGGAACCCACUGAGGAUCUAGUGGAGCCUGGUGGAAAGUUCUAUAACAAAGUGUUACAUGGGCUAGGAAUGGCAGUGGCACAGGAUGUCCUUAUCACUUUGCAACUGGUACUGUGUUCUUUACCCGUGGUCAGCUCUUAUCCCCCCCGCCCCCCACCCAUUAGACUUACUUAACUGGAUAGUUGUUCACUUUUUUGGGAGGGGACUCUUACUUUGAGGAGGGCAAGCAUGCUUGCCCAUAUUAACUAUUGAGUUUACCACCUGAGACCCAUUUCCCCUAUGAAAGUAUUAAGGUCAUCUAAAUACUAGUACAAGCUAUUCAGAUUGCAGGAAGGAUCUGGCUCUGCAAAUGCAAUUCUUCUGAGUGGGUUUUCAGUGAGAAGCCAGGUGGCUUUUCUCAUCCUACUCCCAGUAUCUGAAUCUUUGUCACUGACUAGGUGAAAUGCAACUUUUUCAACCUAAAUACAAUUUAUAAUGAACAUUCCUUUCCCUGGUACUUGCACUUCACGCUUUCUCAGCUAUUUGUGAUCAUUCUUAACACUUGCCAUUUCAUACCUCCACUCCUUUGCUUCAGUUCUCCCACACCUGCUCAUCUACCUUUAUCUUUGGGUAGGCCUCUAGGAGGCUCCCUCUGUCCUCAAGGAGCUUAAGUUGAGGACAGAGGGAGCCUCCUAAUCAGUUCUCAUAUUGGGCCAACAUGGAUACUUGCCCUUUAGAUGGCCCCUGACAGGCAUCUAAAAAGCUUUUUGAAAAUACUGGACGCUGAAACGUUUCUUCAAUGACGUGUAAGGUUGAGGGUCUAGUUUCUGUAAUUUGGAGUUUCACUGAUGCCCUGGAGUAGCAUUUCCCCAAUAGCAAGUCAAAAGUAGAUGCAUAAAAUGCCAGUGGAAACAUGUUAGCUGGUUCUUGUCUAGGUCUACCCAGUGUGGUGGAUAGGCCUUCUCCACAAACUGCCAGAGUGAACUUUAAACCUUUGGAAACGAAAGACCUUUUUAACUGUGAUCUUGUCAUUAAAAAAAAUUCAUUUUUGUUGUGCCCAAAAACCUGUUCCUGCAUUACAGCACUUCUCUAACAACUCACCCAAAACUAACUGUUCAGCUAUGACCUGACUGAAGAUCUUAUUUUUAAUAUACUCCCUUCCAGCAUUAAGACUAGCUUGGCUAAAGUUCCAAAUUUCCAAAACUAUAUAUAACCAGGCUAUCCUCUAUUAGGACUUUUGGUAUAAGACAUGAGAAGCAUGUUAUUGACAAUGUAGGAGUAACUGCCCCAAUAGGGAGACACUUGUCAACUAGAGAGCAAUGCUGGACAAACAGGCAAAUCUUAAAAAAAAAAAAAAAACUUUUCUAUCAGGAAAGAUUCUAAGCUUUGGUACCUUUAAAUUAGCCUGUACAGUUCGGUCCAAAAGAUGAGCUAUUUCCCUGAGCCAUGGUAGGACUGUAGAUACAAAUUAUUCAGAGUUAAAGGUACAUAUACAAUGAAUUCAGGUUAUAUAAAAUACCAAAGACACUUUUUAAGGAAUAGUGGACGCAGUUAACGUAGAACCUAGCAUUUUAUUUAGAUCUUCAUUGAACUGUUGGAAUUGAGAACCAGACAUACGUAAUAAACCUCCAAAAAUAGAUCCUGAAAGGCACUUUCUGCUUAGGGCAAGCAGUCAUGGAAUAAGCAUGUAAACAAGCUGGCUUCUCUGUACCACACCAGCCAAGUCAGCUUUCUCCAUGGCCAGCCGCACCAGCUCUGCCCUCCCUUCUGUUAACACCAGCCAGACCCCCUGUAGGUAUAACCCAAGGUUUUUCUGUAGGACACCUUGGCCUACCUGGGAAUGCUGGAAACAUGUUAAAGGAAUCAUGGUGUCGAGGAAAAAAAAAAAAAAAAAUCCUU